AAUGGUAAAAGGUUUACUCCAGCCGAGUUUCAACAACUACAGGAUUUUAUACAAUUUUCAUCUAAAAAACUAACUGAAGUGUUGGAAGAAGAAUUUAAAGAAGACGGAGCUUUGUCUAAGUACAACCCUGAAGGGGAUAUUGACCUCGAGGGCUUCCAACUGUUUUUGGACACAUAUUUGGAGAUUGAAACUCCACGAGAUUUAUCCAAACGUCUUUUCCUUUCGUUUUUAAAAACAUCGCCCCAGUCCAACUCCCAGAGUUUUGAUGGUCGUCUUCUCAAGGUGGCAGCUGUGACGUCUACAACAGCCUGUGCACCUCUGACGUCACACAAUGGUUGUGGUUCUUUACCGGAACUAGCCAAAUCCGGACAAGCAGAGAAGAAGGACGAUAAAUAUCACGGACUGGCGGAAAGAUUCCAUGGUUUUACAGAAAAGUUGCAUAGUCUCGGACACCAUCGCAGUGAUAGUGACAGCUUCACGGGCAAGUCCGGUAGCGCUUCUAUUCACCCAAUGGUGACCGUUACCCAAAACUACGGGGACCAGUUGUCCACGGAUUCUUCUCCUAAUCAGAGUGUAGUGUCCAGAAACUCUUCCCGAAAGUCCAACAGUUCCAUCCACAUACACAACAUCGACUUAAGGAAGACAGGUAGCCUUGUGGAUGUCCACGCGCUACAAGUUCCUUUAAAAGAUAUUGUUUGUUAUCUGUCGCUUCUGGAAGCUGGAAGACCAGAAGAUAAGCUUGAAUUUAUGUUUCGGCUUUACGACACUGAUAGUAACGGCUACCUCGACAGCAACGUAAGUGAUUUUUUAUGUUCUUUAUUGACAUACGAGUUUCCACAUUACUGAUAAUUUCUAGCUAUU